AAUACCAUUCACGAUCGCAAGCCGAUAAAACUGAACUUUCUUCCUUCGGUCGUUAAACUCGAGAGAGUAAUUUUCAACGAACCCGAAAAGAAACUAACUACAUACUUUUAUCGAUUCGACGUUGUGCAAAAUCGAACGUUCAACGUAAUUCGACAUGAAAGCAACUUCAAAGCAAAAGGGAAAGGCAAAGUUAAAGCAAGUCGUUUCUUUUUAUUACUGACCGUUUUUAAUAACGAUGACGUCAAAAUUGUGUUCAAAUAAUUUCCAUACCUUUGACAAACUCGUCUUUAAAAAGUCAACAUCGACACCUCGAGGAACCUUCAAAGUAUAAAAACGUAGAAAAGUUCAAAGUCUCAAAGCUGUGAUCGAGUUGCGUGUACCUAAUGAGCUUUCUCGUAAAUUGAUACUUUUCGGAAUUCCUAACUAAGAAAGGCGAGCGAGUUUGCGCGAGCUUACGCCUUUCUUUUACGUAAAACGCGGUCGCUCUUACUUCCGGUGUCCUUCGCAAGCUCGCGCGGAAGCAGGACGGAUUAACCUGCGCACCUGCGAGGAACCUCAGAGCGAUCGCGAAAGCUCGUAAACGCGCCAGUUAGAAUCUAGAUUUCGUCUAGAAUACAUCUCGCCUUUUUCGACGAGCUUUUCCUACUUUUCGAUUAAGGACUCCAUUCUCCAUGAUCUUGAACGAGAAAAGAAAAGAAAAAAAAUGAAGACACUGAUGAUUUUAAUGAUAGAGAGGACGAUCGUCUCGGCUACAGCGUGAUCGAUCGCAAGAUAAAUAAGUGAGUAGCGAAUCUCUACCUUCGCGGGCUUUUCAUUUUGAAUUUGACGCAGGCGCAGCGUAGAAGAGCUCAAAGCACCUUUCGUUUGACUUUUUAAUACAACACGAAUAUCUUUUCGUAAUCAUUCGCUUCUAGAAAAACGUCGAUCAUCUUAUAUCGUUCGUGAUAUCAAUUUACAAGGAUCUCAGAUUAUUUUUAUCCUUUGAGAAUAGCGUGAAGCUAGCGAUCACCUAUUUCUGGCACAAACUUUCUCAUUGAUUUUUCACAAUAAGAACUUACGUAUACGUCACCUCGAAGUGUUACAAGGUGUGAACUCUGAUUCCUCCUUAAAUAUGGCAAUUAUUUCAGAGUUUCUUGCACGUCUUACCGUCCUCUUGGCAAUCCUAUGAAAUAUAUCAUGCUCCGGCAUGGCAGUAAAAUGCUUGGAAGGACCUUUCGUAUUCAGACUCAACGAGAACGGCGCAGGACCUCAUCUACUCGUACAGGUAUCGUAGAAAAUCGUAGAAACGAUUCUAACAGAUAUAAACAGGAUAGAACAAAAGUCGUCGAAUAUUCAAAGUCGAAAAGUACAUUUAAAAUAGAUUAGUCGAUCUGUCGUCAAACUUUUAAAUUUCUUUGGUUUUAAUUUGGCCCGGUUACAAAGUUAGCAUUGCUUGUUAACCUUGAACCAAAUAUUUUCGAAGCUACGAUACAGAUGCCAUAUCUGCAUAGGCGAACAGACGCAAUGAGUUUCCGCUGCGUGUACGAUCAUAGCUUCUAAAGCCUAUGAUUAACUACAUGCGACAUGCAAGGAUAAGGGAAGAGGAAAUAAUUAUUAAUUGUUUCUGAAACGACACGUCGAACUCAAUUAUUUAAAGAGUAUCUCUCAUCGUGCGAGUCUUUCGAUUUGUCUUUCGAUAUCGUUCAAUGUCACGACAAUUCGUGACUGCGUAAAACGUUCAAAGCGAAUACUUUUUCUCCGUCUCGCGAAGCAUUUAAAUGUCGAAAGGAAAGGAAAAAAAAGAAACAGAAAGAAAGAAAGAAAGAAGAAGAAGAAGAAGAAGAAGAGACGAACUUGAAAAGCUCGUACCGGAGAUAGCUCGUGACGAGGUACAUUUAUUAGACAAAUUGCUUGGGGCGGCUUUGAUCGUUAAAUGCACCUGGCACAGAACGUAGGAAAGAGAGAAAAAAGAAAAUAGAAAAAUGGGUUAAAUGAAAAGUGAGUCGGACGUUGCGUGGUCGUAAUUUGCGGUUGACCGAAGAGGGAUUGUUUACCCCUUAUUUGUUUGAGAUCGCUUUCGCUACGCUCGGAGAAAUAACGAGCAGGUAGAAAGUGCAAUGCACGACUCUAAUUUUCGAUUAUCGUCGUCCUUGACUGGCUUUCGAUAUUGCAGCAGGCUAUUCCUAAUGCUUUAAUAACACGACAAUAAAUCAAGGGCAAUCCUAUUUUAGUGUUCGAGAGAGUUGGUAAAUCGUUGAGCGCGUAACGCGAUGAACGAACUUCCGAUGUGAAUGCUUUCGUGCGAAGACCUUCGCGUAUUCGGAAUAUCCAGAAUUCUCUAUCCGUCUGUGAAUGGUUUAAAUGGAUGAUUUAUGAAACCUUAUUUAUAUAUUACGUCUCCAUCGAGAUAAUUGAAAAUAAACGUCAAUUUGAAACGAUUUCGAACGAUUUAUUGACGGUUUUAAACGCUUCAAGAAAUUACCCACGUUUCCCGUAGGUUUGCACGGAACGAGGAUGGAGGGAAUACGCGGGAGAAAAUAAUGUAUUCAAAGAUCGAUGGAAUUUAUGGUGGCGAUCCGGUGGUUUCCCUCUUACCCAAUUCAAACCAUUAUUUCCUUGGCAGUUCGUUAAUCGAAUACCAAAGGGAAACUCGAUCUGUAGAAAGGACAAUCUCGUGCGUCAUUUAAAAUGCAUGAAAAAGGGCCAUGGCUCGAUUUACGAUUUCAGGAUAUAAUUUACCUUCGGAAUAUACGAAACUCGCGGAAGAUUGUAGUCGUUACGAGAAGGAUGAUAGAGUGUGGAUUUGCAAGCCGGUUAGCCAAAGCCAAGGAAGAGGAAUAUUUCUUUUCCGUAAAUUAAGCGAUCUCUCGUACAACAAUUCCGCUGUUGUACAAAGGUACAUAGAAAAUCCUCUUCUCAUCGGUGGCUACAAGUUUGACUUACGUCUUUACGUUUGCGUACCUUCUUAUCGUCCUUUGACGAUAUAUCUUUACAAAGAAGGAAUAGCUCGAUUUGCCACCGAGAAAUUUUCCUUGGAACGGUUGGACGAUCCUUUCCGUCAUUUAACGAACUUCUCCUUGAACAAACUAGGUCCAGGAUAUUCGGAAAAAAAAGAACGCAUUGGUGCUGGUAAGCUCGUUAAAGAUAUAUACAUAUAUUCUUCUUUUUCCUUUAAACGACUACGCAACCCUUUCUUUCAUUUUUCUUUCCAAGGUUGCAAGUGGACUUUGAGACAACUCAGACGAUACUUCGAGCAGGCUGGAUACUUCGACUGGUUUCUCUGGCAAAGAAUAGCCUGUCUCGUGAGUUUAACGAUUAUAAGUCAAGCAGCUGGUAUACCAAGCUCAUCUAAUUGUUUCGAAUUCUUCGGCUUCGACGUGCUAAUCGAUGAAAAUUUAAAACCAUGGUUAUUGGAGGUAAACCUUAGUCCAGCUCUAAGCAACGAAUGUGAGAUCGAUUCGGAAGUGAAGAAACCAUUAUUACACGAUUUGUUCGAUCUGUUAGGCCUUCCAGUCUGUAACACUGGACUAUCAUUGUUUAAGAUCUGGUCUUACGAUCGAGUAAACGAAGAAAACUCGUCUUCCAAAAUUUGUGCGAAUCGUUCUACGAAGAAAAAGUCCAAAUUUAAUCGAAACGGUGGCACCAUCAUGAAUCUAUAUAGUGAAACACGUUCUGCCUUUAGGAAAUCUUCAGAAAUGUGUCCGACUUCUUGGUCUCGUUAUAAUCCUUUAUUGAUGGACAAAUGCAUUCGACGUGACUUCAAAGGCAAUAACAUCAAUAAUCAUUCAACUUCGGCAUGGGAUAACGGUAGAGAUUGGAGCGCUCCUUGCGUUCGAGAAGGCGGUUGGGUUCGCAUUUGUCCAUUAACAAGAUUGAAACAUUCCAAAAAUGCUGAAUUUUCACAGGCAGAUGCAUCGCGUUCCAUUGAAAGAGAAAUCAAAGACACGAUUCUUUGUAUAAACAAGUACUUAAAAGCUGCCAAAGAUAUUCAACGAGGAAACGAAAAACAAAAAGACGACCAAUAUAAUGCUCUUCUGCAAGCUUCGCUUAAUUUAAAUGCAGAAGUCUGGCUGCCAGAAAAGUAGAACAUAGAUAUUUAUCUUUAUACUUGGUAAGAAAUGUAUAUUUUAUGUUGCAAACGGACAACACAUUGCUCCAAAGUUAAACGCAGUUAACUGCUUUUGUCGAUUGAAAUCUUCUCUUGCAUAUGUGUUCAUUAAACUUAUAAAAUAUUAAGGAUACUUUAAUUUUG